AUGCCUGGAACCCCUGGAGUUGAUGGGGUUGGUUUGGGCCAAGGGGACAACGUCACUGCUAACCCGAAAAUGGUCCUAGAAGGAGCCAUGUUGAAUAUGGCUGGAAAGGGGAAGGUGGGGAUGUCUGACUUUGAACUUUUAAAGGUUUUAGGAACUGGAGCUUAUGGGAAAGUGUUUCUUGUGAGGAAAGUGAGUGGCUUUGAUUGUGGCAAAUUGUAUGCAAUGAAAGUCCUGAAAAAGGCCAGCAUCGUUCAGAAGAAUAAGACCACAGAACAUACAAAGACUGAACGACAAGUGUUAGAAGCCAUUCGACAGUCUCCCUUUCUGGUCACUUUGCAUUAUGCCUUUCAAACAGAUGCCAAACUUCAUCUCAUUCUUGACUAUGUGAAUGGGGGUGAAAUGUUCACCCACCUCUUCAAUCGAGAGACAUUCACUGAAGCUGAGGUUCGGAUUUACAUUGGUGAGAUUGUCUUGGCUCUUGAAACUUUACACAAGCUGGGCAUCAUCUAUAGAGACAUUAAAUUGGAAAAUAUUCUACUUGACUCUUCUGGACAUAUUGUCCUUACAGAUUUUGGCCUCAGCAAAGAAUUUUUACCUGGUGAUACAAACCAUCGAGCUUAUUCCUAUUGUGGUACAAUGGAGUACAUGGCUCCAGAGGUGGUACGAGGCAGUUCUGCAGGACAUGAUUUUUCUGUGGAUUGGUGGGCCCUUGGUGUGUUAACAUAUGAACUACUGACUGGUGCUUCUCCAUUUACAGUUGAGGGUGAAAGAAACACAUCUAAAGAAAUCUCACAGCGUAUCUUAAAGAAGAAUCCACCAAUUCCUUCGCACUUUUCUAGUGCAGGAAAAUCCUUUAUUGCAGCUUUGUUACACAAGGAUCCCACCAAGCGGCUUGGUUACAAUGGAGCUGGAGAAAUCAAAAAACACAAUUUCUUUGCUAAUUUGAAUUGGGAUAAACUAGCCAGAAAGGAAAUCACUGCUCCUUUACAGCCCAAAAUCAACCAUGAAUUGGACGUGAGUAAUUUUUCUGAAGAAUUUACCAAAAUGGAAGCAGCAGAUUCACCAGCAGUUGUUCCAUUAAAUGGUGAAAAAAUAUUCAAGGGUUAUUCCUAUGUAGCUCCAUCUGUCAUUUUCUCUGACAAUGCAAUUAGUGAUGAUCUCCUCCAGUUGAACUAUGUUAACCAACCAAGAGUCAAAAACAUCACAGCUGCCAGCCAUUUUAAGAAUUCACCAUUUUUUCAAAAUUAUGAACUGGAAGGUGGAAUCUUAGGUGAGGGCAGUUAUUCUGUAUGCAGAUGCUGUGAACACAAAGUAAGCAAAAUGAAAUAUGCUGUUAAAAUUAUUUCUCGUCGUGUUGACCAUACAUCUGAAGUGAAGAUGCUCCGAAUGUGUCAAAAUCAUCCCAACAUAGUGAAACUCAUUGAUGUAUUUCAUGAUGAGCUUCAUACUUAUAUAGUGAUGGAACUUCUCAAAGGAGGGGAACUUUUAGAUCGAAUUAGAAAGAAGAGUAAUUUUACAGAACCUGAGGCUGGUCGCAUCAUGAGGAUGCUUGUUGAAGCUGUGGAUUUUAUGCAUCAGCAAGGAGUUGUUCAUCGUGAUCUUAAACCUGAGAAUAUUCUGUUUGAAGACGAAAGUGAAGAUGCUCAAAUCAAAAUUGUCGACUUUGGUUUUGCCCGACUGAAACCUGAGAACCAACAAUUGCAAACCCCGUGUUUCACUUUGAACUUUGCUGCACCAGAAGUUCUCAGUCAGGCAACUGCCAACAACAAAAAUGGAGGUUAUGAUGAGGCGUGUGACCUUUGGAGUUUGGGGGUCAUUUUGUACACAAUGUUAUCAGGGAAAGCUCCAUUCCAAACAAGGCAUCAGGAUGAGACUCCAGCUGGAAUCAUUAAAAGAAUAAAAGAAGGCGAAUUUGAAUUUACAGGUCAAGAAUGGGAUGCUGUCUCUGCUAGUGCCAAGAAGUUAAUUAGAGGCUUGUUGACAGUUGAUCCCAGAGAACGUUCAACAAUGCAAAGCCUUCUUAAAAACAAAUGGAUUCAGGGUAAUAAUGACCGUGUCUUCUCCCAAACACCCCUUCACACUCCUGGGGUGCUCUACUCGACCAGCAAUGCCUUGCAGCAACAACUUGUACAAACUAUGGAUGCAUUCCACCGAGCAACUCGUGAAGGAUUCCGACUUCAGGAUGUUGCUAAUGCACCACUUGCUCAAAGACGACAACAGAAACGCAACUCAAUGGAUGCUCGCAGUAGUUCCAGUGACAGCACAGCUUCAUCACCUUCAUCAUCAACCAUCACCACGGCUGCCUCUGCCACUGUGUCGUUUCCUCCAGGUGGGGCUGGGGGAAAUGCUGCCGGUGAUACACAAAGCUCCCAGACUGACUUUCCUUUACGUAAUACGUCCAACACUUCAACCAUCUCCAACAUAUCACAGAGUAGCACGGGUUUUGUGCCUAGCAGAUAUCAGGGGAGUAGUAAACAGGCCACUCCUACUUCAUCUUCAUCUCUAACCUCCCUCACCUCACAACAGCCACAACCACAACUCCCCCCAGCUCAGGACUCAUCAUUAUCAUCAUAUUUGCAAACAGAGGAUCAAUUCAGGUCCCAUUUCUAUAAAGAGGGUAUGGCCAAUACUUUAUGGUCACAAACUCCAACUACCGGAGCUCCUUCCCAUAUAAACACUGAGUGUACAGUUGUUGCCUAUAUGGAAGCCCCAUCUGGGAGCAGGGCACAUAAGAGACCCCUUUCUGAUCAGGACAGUUCAGACAAUGACUGUAUUAUUGAAAGCAGCACAUUGUCACACUGGGUAAACCCACCACAAAAGAAACGACCAAGAACUGAAACUAUUGUUAUUGAGUAA